CGUCCGGGCACCCUAACGCGUUUUUCUGAUCGAACCACAUUACGGUGCUGCACUCUGUUGCUACUCUGUGAACUACUUCACAGCUGUUGCCACACAGAAGAGAUACAACUGUCACCUCAUAAAUGAAAUGAUGACUGGUAGCCGUGAAGAAGAAAAGUACACGGGAAGAAUGUUGUUUUAAAUUCGGAGAUUAGUCAUUGGGCUAAAGAGGUUUCUUUGAUUUUUCUAAUAUACCGUAUCAGCGAAGCGAGGGUGUCGAAAGAAUGAAACUAAAAUGUUACAGAGUGCACAGAUCAAGGACACAAUCUAUAAUUGAAUAACAGUAAUUUCGUCAUUUUUCUGUAUUUUCGUUUCUCAUAGUCUAAAAAUAGUUAUGGAAUGCCCCAGAAUUUUUGAACGCCUUAUAGCCUUCUUCUCAAUGUGAAAAUUACAUUUUUAACCACCGCCGGACUGCUAUUCACUGUUACUCACGGAAAACCCUGACCACUUCUAUUGUAACGACAAAUAUUUCCAUUCCUUGAUUCUAUAUGUUGAAAUAAAUCUACCAGCAUUUUAUGUAGAGAGUCAUUCUGGAAAAUGUUGGCACAAACUGGAUGUACAUCGAAAAGUAACGCAAACUCUGAUGCAAAGGAACCGAAAGCUGAAACGCCGUCGCUGAUUAAGAUGGAGGAAUUGCUGAAUGAGGAAGAUUCCAAUGUUGCUGAGGUGGUACUCUCGAAUAAAGGAGGUCCUAAAGUCAUCCAUAAGGGUUUUAUGUACACGUUGCAUAAGAAACAACCUAAUACUAUACGCUGGCGAUGCGUUGGCAGAACGUUGCACUGUAGAGGAAGUCUCAUUACUACCGGAGAUUGCAAAAAACCGAGAAUACGAAUGCAACACAAUCAUAGUCCAGAUUUUGCCGCAGCACAAUUGGCCAGAAAACGAUACAUUGCUUUAGGUCAACCUCCGGUACUUUCAGAUGAUGAGCCUAGGCCACAAAUGGUACAAGCUGGGAAUCUAAAGCCUAGUGAUUUUGUCACAUGGGCCGACUGGCAGGUCCAGAAUCCGUUACAAUUCCCGUGCCCAAUGCUGCCAAUACUACCAAACGACGAGGAAACGAAGCGGAUUACAAGAUCGACGAGCAGAAAUAAUAGUGAGAUCGGGCUCGUAUCUGAUUGGCAAAGCAGUGAUCAAUCCGAAGGCCAAUUUUUACCGGGACUUCAAAAAGUACUUCCUACGCCAACGCAGGCUAGUUCCGGUAGCAAAACUAUCAGGAUAGGACAAUCGCUCAUAAGGCCGAGACCCAUUGCACCAGCACCUUCUCAGCACCUGCAGCAAUCACAACAACAACAGCAACAUCAUCCUCAACAGCAACAACAGCAGUCGCCGCAGCAGCAACAACAACUCCAGCUGCCGUUGCAACAGCAACAACAACCAAAGACUUUAGUCCUUAAGACCAUUCCCCUUAAGGUGAAACACGUCGCUCCAACCACCAUAAAAAUGGCACCCCGUCAACCACCCACUGUAAUUCCUCAAACCACUGUACCGCAACAACCAACCGAGGUUUGUCUGCGAUGGAACAGUUACCACAGUAACAUGCAGAACAGUUUUCCCUCUCUGUUAGAUACUGAGCAAUUCGUCGAUGUCACUUUGGCUUGUGAGGGUCGAUCCCUCAAGUGUCACAAGAUGAUUUUAUCCACCUGUAGCGAUUACCUCGCUGAUCUUCUGCGUGAAAAUCCUUGCCAACAUCCAAUUAUCCUCAUGAAAGAUAUUAAGUUUUGGGAAGUUGAGGCACUAGUCAGAUUCAUGUACAGGGGCGAGGUAAACGUCGCCCACGACAAGUUACCGCAACUAUUGAAUGCCGCCGAAGCGCUGCAAGUCAAAGGACUGGCUGGUCCCAGUCCAUCCUCGCAGAGUACAAAGCCACCGAUGUUGAUCCCGCAAUCAAAGCCGUCGACGUCCCAACCAAUAAUUCAGCGAAUCUCAGCAGAAACCAAAGAAGCCAGAAGCCAACCUCCCAAUACGGUCAAUGUGAUAACUGCUCCGAAACGUACCCAAAAACGUCGCCCUUCAGAAUCAAACGAACCAAGCAAACCGUUCACGAAAAUCCGCUUGCAGCGUCCCCAGAGCCCUGUCUCUCCGACAGUGACCGUGAAACUUGAACCUUUAGAUAUACCUUUAAGUCCUACUGAAAUGUUUCCCGAUGGUCACGACGACAACCGCUCGUCGUCUCCUGCACGAUAUGGGAAUUCGGACGACUUUCACGAGGAAGAAGAUCCGGAGGGUGAUCGGGAGCGGAGCAGCAGGGAUCGAGAUCUGAAUUUUUGUGAAAUACCGGGUCCACCUGAUCUCAACGAUGGCGAAGAACAAAUGGAAUUCGUACCGACGGACUUUUUAGAACAGGAACAAGAUAUUUUAGAUGAUCACGAAAACGAGCACGAACACGAUCCGGACCAAGAUGGGGAAGAUGGAGAAGACGGAGAAGACGAAGACGACGGAGAUGAUGGGGAUGAAAUACACGAGUUGAACGAUAAAGACGAAUCACCGGGCCGGAGUAGAGAUCACGAUGACGAAAUUGAGGAUGAUGACUAUUCAGAAAAACUCCCGGGAGAUAAUAAUAUGACAUAAUUAAAUGUGUUUUUCUUCAAUCUUGCGAGCGGAACAUCGGGAAAUUGCAAACUUACACUGGUCUGUACAUUUGCAGUAUUAAUCACUGCUCAGUGUGGUUUAGUCUGGUUGAAAACGCUAAUUACUGAUCACGAUAGAUGACCUUGUUCAUUUGACAAAUCUCAUCGUGAAGAACUGUGAAUACCUCUAUUUCUCUACUUUAUCUACAACCAAUGAAUUCGUACAAGAUCUGAAUCAACUGGAAUAUGCACAUUUAUUCCAUACUUGCCGCGUGGCUAU